AGUUAAAAACAGACUUUGUUUAUCUUGCAGGUUGUUCGCUGAAAUGCUCUGCGACUAGUUAACCUACUUUCCGCUCCACGUCCAGCUAUUCCUUCUCCUCAGCCUUAAGUUGAGGUCAAGAGCGCUAAAACCCCCGUCGUUUCACUCCUCGGUUCUAUUGCAGUGGCUCGCUUUGUUAUUCCAUAUAAUUAAUUGUGUUUUCUGCCAUUGAUAACCGCGCUGCACGAAAAACGCAAAAGGCUUCUGGACUCGCGGUUUCCACGGAACACCUCGUUGUGGAGACGGUCGUCUGCUGCUUUUCGGGAGCAGAGGGAGCGAUUUGUUGCAGCUGAACCUCGACAGGAGAAGCUCCCCCCGUGAGGAUUUCUUCUCCUUCUUUCUUUCUUUUUUUUUAAAUCGAGCAUUUGGAGAGCGCCAUGGCGACCGAAGUGGAUACGUGGUCCUCCGCUGCCAAAGUCGGCGGGGUGUUCUCUUUCGAUGAGAACCUGGCCGAGGCUAACCAGCCCUACAGCGUCGACGACGACUUGCUGAACGAGGCGGAGGUGAACGGCAACUGGACCCCUCAGGAGAAAGCCCUGCACGAGGCCCGACUCAAAGCCAAAGCCAAGCGCCGCCUGCGCAAGUCCUCGUCGCGCAACUCCACCAGCGAGUCCUUCUCCGAGUCGGGGGAGCUGUCGGGAGGCGACCCGCACAGUCCGAAGGGGAAAGUCAACACCAGUGACCGCAAAUCCAGGACGGGAAAAGGCAGAGGCCUGCCAAAGAAAGGUGGAGCAGGUGGUAAAGGAGUUUGGGGGGCCGCUGGGAUGGUUUAUGAAGAUGAGGAGCCUGAUAUGAGGGACCCCAACUACGAUGAGUCUGCUCAGGGGGACACAGUUUAUGCGACAGUUGUGCCUGAGGUAGAUGAGAAGGAACUGGAGAAAAUGGUCAAGCCAAUUGUACAGGAGUACUUUGAACACGGAGACACCAAAGAGGUCCAGAUGUUGCUGAAGGGGCUCAACCUGGGCACGCAUAAGUUUGAGUUCUCCUCUCUGGCCGUGUCACUGUCCCUGGAAGGCAAAGCCAGCCACAGAGAGCUGACCUCCCGCCUGCUGUCCGACCUGUCGGGCAAGAUGCUGUCACAAAGUGAAAUGGCCCGUGCCUUCGACAAGAUCCUCAAAGAACUGCCGGACCUGAUACUGGACACACCGGAGGCUCCGCAGAUGUUGGGCCAGUUUGUAGCCCGAGCCAUAGCGGACCACAUCCUCCCCAUGUCUUUCCUGGACUGUUACAAGGGCAAAGUGGACUGUGAGCAUGCCAGAGUGGCUUUAGACCGUGCCGAAGUGCUGUUGACCAUGAAGAGGGAGAUGGUUCGUCUGGACAAUGUGUGGGGUGUGGGUGGAGGCCUGAGACCCGUGAAACAUCUCGUCAAAGAGAUGAACCUCCUGCUCAAGGAGUACCUGAUAUCAGGAGACGUGUCUGAGGCGGAGCACUGUCUGCGGGACCUGGAAGUCCCCCACUUCCACCACGAGCUGGUCUAUGAGGUGGUAGUGAUGGUGCUGGAGUCAACAGGAGACACGGCCAGUCACAUGAUGAUAAAGCUGCUGCAGUCCUUUUGGAAAACGGGCCUCAUCACUGUGGAUCAGAUGAACCGGGGUUUCCAGCGCGUCUAUGAUGAGCUCCCAGAAAUUAACCUUGACGUGCCACAUGCCCACUCCAUCAUGGAGACCUUUGUGGACCUUUGCUACAAGGAGGCAGUCAUCACAAAACUGCUCAGGGAUGCAUGUCUCGCCAGAGGACGUAAGCGUUUUGUGAGUGAGGGGGACGGGGGAGUGAUCAAGAACUGAUCCACAAGAGGAAGAGCGGCCGCAGGAGGAGGAGGAGGGGCAGGGGGUUGGUGGGUUUGGUGGUGGUGGUGAUGUCUUCAGGUUGUUGCACCUAAAUUUUGCUCCAGCAUGUUUGCCUUUUGAAACCAGGCAUACUGGCAGUCUUAAGAAUCCUUGUUCAUCUCCAGAUAAUGUUCUCAUUACACAAACCAGCAUUGACGCGACCGUAGACCCAAGAGUCUCCCAGGUGUUCAGUUCCACUCAUCUUGUUCAUCACCGUCUUAAAGUUCUAAGAAAAUUCUUUAUUUUUAUUAUUUCCUCAUUCGUCGUACCUUGUACCUCACACUAUACCUUUAGCAACAAUAGUGUGAGUAAGAGCAGCAGGAGGGGGGAGAAGAAUGUCGGUGUUUUGGCUUUGCUUCAGCUGUUGCCAUGUUUCUAUUUCUUUCCAUGUCAAGUGCUAGAAAUGAAAAAAGCACUUCAGAGACAACUGCUACUGUACAGCCAGUGAGCACUUGGUAGUUUUUUUUUUUUUGCCCCAAAUUAUUUUUUUCAAGGACAUUGAGCUUUGUACCUUCUGGUUCGAGUGGCUCUAUAAAGUCUUUCUGAACAGUUUAUUGUUCUUUCUUUUGCCUCUUCGGUCCCAAUGUUAAUUUGUAUCAAGCAAGACCUGUUGCCAGUUAUUUAAAUAUUACAUUAGGGCAAAGCUGCUUUGAAAGCUUUUUUUUCUCUAAAAAAAUAAAUAUUACAAUAAUAAUUUGGGGGUUAAUGUGUGUUUGAACAAAAGAUUGACCAAGCACUAGUUUGAGAAUUCUGCUUGCAAUAAAUAAAUCUACAGCUCACUUGGUCAGAAAUGGAUUCCGGAUAGUUAACCUUAUGAUGUAAAGCCAAACCGAAAGAACAGAAUAUCGGGGAAUUGUCUUUAAAUUAUUUGACCUGUCUGAUAUCUGAAAUGGUGAUUUCGGCUUAUCUUGGAAGACUAUGUUAAUGCAUAUUAAUUUAUGCACAUUACGUUCUGGCACUGUUUGUAACUGUUUUUCAUGUCGACGAAAGUAAAUGUGGCUAAGAAAUAUAUUUCAUUCAUUAAAAAGCAACAAACUUAA